AACCUUGUCCGAUCUGUGUGUUUUUGUCUACUUAUCAAAAAACAACGCACGCGCUGGCUAUUUGGUUUGUCUGGACGGACAAGGUAUUUUCAUGUCUAAGAUUUAGUCAAACCCGUGAGCUCAGAUUAUUCAAACGUCUUGCGGUUAACCGGAACAAUGAAGAACUGGGCUGCUAUUGGGGUCCUUCUGGUACUUGGAUGGCAGUACGGCGGAGUUGUCCUGGCGGACAGUGACAGCAGCGACAGCAGCAGCAGCGGGGAGAGCAAGCACAAGAACAAGUACACGACCACCGAGCACAAGUACAAUUAUCCCGCAUAUCCGAUGCCCUACGGUUAUGGGUAUCCGUAUCCACCAUACAACAUUCCAAUGCAGCCAUAUGGACCGCCGUACCCCCAGUAUCCGCCUCCGCCCAUGCCCGGCUACCCGCCGUAUUCCUACAAUCCGUACAUGCAGGGUCUACCACCGCCUCCACAGCCGCAACAGGCUCCUCCGCCUCCAGCCCCGAUGUAUCCGCCGGCCGGAGCUGGUCAAAGCCCCGGCUACUACCCCAACUCGCUUCCAAAUCAGCCUCAACCACAACAGCCUGCACCUGGACAAGGAACCGGACCUUCGGCCAACUAUCCUCCAGGCGGCUCAAGCGUUAUUAACCACUCCCUUAAAGUCAACAAGGAAUACAACGAGGACGGCCACCACUCGACCUCAACAUAGUCGAUCACUAAAACCUCCGGACACUUUUAAUAUUCGUUUGUCUUAGAAAAACAAAA